UCACGUGACGUCCUUUGUGUGCUGCACUCGCCUCGUGUGAGUCAGUGCCACACACAACCUCGCACUUCUCUCGCCUUCUCCUCCUUCCUCACACCACCUUCACCUCACAAACUUCACCUACUCCCUCAUCACCGGUACAGGAGUCCGCACCACCGCACCAAACAUGCAAGAAGACGGUGGAAGCUGCAUUUUCCGAUAAUUUUUCCUUUGGUCACUGUGGAGGUUGUGGAGUAUGAUGGCGCUUGUGGGUCAUCGGCACGGCCGACAGACGAUGGCUUUUCACGGUGUCAGCGCUUCAACCACGUCAACCCCAUCCCAACAGGCCAUCCUGGCAGCAGCAGUGGUCCCAUACUACCCAGUAGUCGCCUCCUCUGACGGACAACCCGACAGACCCAUCGGAUAUGGAGCGUUCGGUGUUGUAUGGGCAGUCACAGACCCCCGUGAUGGCAAGAGGGUGGCGCUGAAGAAGAUGCCGAAUGUCUUUCAGAACCUCAUUUCCUGCAAGCGUGUGUAUCGUGAACUCCGCAUGCUGUGUUUCUUCCGGCAUGAGAAUGUUUUGUCAGCACUGGACAUCAUACAACCCACAAAUGCAGACUUAUAUUCAGAAAUCUAUGUUGUAACUGAGCUUAUGCAGAGUGACCUUCACAAGAUCAUCGUCUCACCUCAACCUCUGACCUCUGAUCAUGUCAAAGUCUUCCUAUACCAGAUACUCAGAGGUCUCAAGUAUCUUCACUCAGCCCGCGUGUUACACCGUGACAUUAAGCCAGGCAACCUGUUGGUCAACAGUAAUUGCUGCCUUAAGAUCUGUGACUUUGGCCUGGCUCGUAUAGAAGAACCAGAUGAGGAUGUGCACAUGACACAGGAAGUGGUCACCCAGUACUACCGGGCACCAGAAAUACUGAUGGGUGCAAGCCAUUACACAUCAGCUGUGGACAUCUGGUCUGUUGGCUGCAUCUUUGCUGAGCUGCUCAGUCGUCGUAUCCUUUUUCAAGCCCAGGCUCCUGUACAGCAGCUGGAUCUGAUUGUUGACCUCCUGGGCACUCCUGCAGAAGAGGACAUGCGUACGGCAUGUGAGGGGGCACGAGCCCAUGUACUAAAUCGUCCUUUCAAGAAAUGUCAGACAGCCACCAUGUACAGUCUUUCCUCUCAAGCAACUCAUGAAGCUGUCCAUCUGCUGACCCGAAUGCUUGUCUUUAACCCUGACAAGCGAAUCACUGCUUCUGAUGCUCUCACUCACCCAUAUCUGGAUGAAGGGCGUCUUCGCUUCCAUUCCUGCAUGUGCAAAUGUUGUGUUGUUCCUGGCAAUGGCUCUGCACGAAACUUUGUCUCUGACUUUGAACCAGUCUGUCCAGCACCAUUCAGUUAUGAUUUUGAGGACCACCUGACUUCAGUCAAUCGUGUCAAAGAGAAAAUCCACAAGUUCAUUGUAGACCAACUUCAGCGCAGCAAGCGAGUGCCAUUGUGCCUCAAUCCUAACUCUCUGGCCUACAAAACUUUCCAAAGUGUCAGGGGCCGUAAGUCACAUAGACUUUCUCAUCACUCCACUAGCCAGAUCGCGGCCCCCUUGGGCCCUCACCUACCUUUCGGCGUCUGACUUCACCUUGUCAACCUGUGACCUUGAACUUCACUACUCUUGAUCUUCACCACUUACCAAGUUGGUCUGCACUUUUUGCAGCUCGCAGGUAGCCAUGCCAUCGGAAUUGCCGCCUUCUCCGCACGUAUGGCAGUGAGGACUGGCUUGGCCUCUUCCUCUUGCCUCCUUGGUGCUGGCACGUGUCAGCACUGGCAUCUGGCGCCCUCUGUAGUCUGAUGUUGGUCACCGGUUGUAGCAAGAAUGGAGAGAGACAAAGCAGACUUUGAGCCAGUGCAGUUAGCAAAAGAGAUUGGGGGAAAAGUUGAGGUGUUGAAUGCUGACUGUGAUGAGGAUCAAGACCAGCAAAACCACACAGGCACAGGACAAGAGUCAACAGGAGGUGCUAUUGGGGUCAGAGGUGAGAGGUUGCAUCUAAUUUUGAAGAAAGCAGCAGGUAAAGAGUGCAGGACAAAUCACAUACUGUGGAAAUAGACUUGUGUCAAAGCUGAUGAUAUGCUUGGUUUGCCAAUUUAACAGACGAACAGUGAACUCUUGUAGACUUCUUUGGGUCUUUGACAAGGUGGGGUUGAUGUCUUGUUAUGACCAGAGAAGUGGGUAGAAAUGUCAUAAACUACCAGAAAAUGGGCUGCACAAUUUUUAAAUGCUUAUUUUUAACUGCAGUAGAUGAGCUGAUUGAUACAGGAGGUAGCUGACACAACUAGCAAGUCCUUGUCACCUUUCGUCGCCAUGGCCAUCGCAGAUAUUUUUGACAGUGUGUGUGGUGGUGACAUAACAUGGUGAAAAAUGUCAGCAAUGUGAGGAUUCUAGGAAAGGAGGAAUAUUGGGAACAAAGCGAAAAAAAAAAAAAAAAAAAGAAACCUUUCGAGCUCCUGUGUACUCUGGGUGGUUCGAGCCCAGCGAUGUCACUGACUGGGGGUAAUCAGCUUCUGGAUUACUUCUGGUAACUACAUUGUGCAUGUUAUGGUUUGUAAUGAAUGUCAAAACAUUCACAACUUUGCAAGUCUUUAGCCAUGAGCAAUUUCAAGAGAGAGCACUCUUAACCCCUUCCUUUCUCCUAUCUGCCACUUGCACACCCUUCAGCUGGGGACAAGCUUUAGUAUAGCGGGUAACGUUUGUCAUCUUCAUAUCGACUAUUUACUGCUCUCUUAUCAAGUUUCAUAAAAAUCUUGUCUUAAUGCAACCUAAAUGAUAAUUUUAAUAUUUAAAUAUUUAACAAGCUGUUUCAAGAAAUCUGUACUAUAUGCAAUGCCAGUGAAGAGGUGGGGGCAGUCUGGUGGUGCAACGGUUAGUGCCUGUCACCAAUACAGUGAAGGUUGGCUGCCCUGGGUUCAGCUCUCAUCUCGGGCACGCUGUUCUUUCUCUGCACGUGGCAUCUGUUUACAGGGCUGGCUGCUUUGCCGUGAUAUGGUCUUAGUUGCUGGCACGGCGUAAAACACCAAUUCCCUCUCCUCCCCAGUAAAGAGGGGAAAAUAUGUUGGUGACCUGUACCUAAUGCUCUAAAGAGGUCACCAUGAUCACAAUGUGUGACAAAAUGUCUGGAUGUGUGAUCUGUCAUUUUAAAGACCAUCAUCAUGACUGGUUAGCGAGCAGGACAUGGCACAGUGAGUGAGAGCAGCACACUGUAUGGCUGCUGGUGCACAAGCCGUGACGUGCAGGCAAUAAACAUCAGUGCUGAGUGUCAUUUCUGUAGGCAUUUUGGAGUGCUUAAGCAAUUCUUAGUUGUGAAAGUAGUCUUGCCGCCAAAAUGGAGGUGGAAAUGCAUGCCAGCCUAUUUUUUGUGACUGGGAGCCAAACAAAAUGGAGAGGAAGUCUCAGAAAGGGAUCUUGUGCUGGUAGUUUAUGUCAUGCAAUAGAGAAGUGUAAUCAACUCAUUGUUGAUCAGACUUAUACAGUUUAGUCCCUGCUGGAGGGGGAAGGUUAUGAGAAGGGUAUGAGAGGGGGUGGUGGAGGUGAGAGUGAAAGAGCCAUCUUUAAUAAAAUCCAAUGAGAAUAGAUACAACAUUUUGUUGACUGGCCAAGAUGACCACUGCAGUGUAUUGUCUAAAUGGUAACUUAUUUCCUGUGUCUCCUGCAGAGCGGUAUGAUAAUUGUAUAUGAUAGCCCUGUAUGAUAGUCCUAUAUGGCAUGCAUCUGACAUUGAGUCCUAUAUGAUAGUCUUGUAUGACAGUCCUAUAUGACCCGCAUCUGACAUUGUUGUCGUCUUUUAAUUUUGGCUCACACAGUUCGGUGUUUAUGGGGCUUACUGUUGGAGAAUGGGUUUUACAUGUAAGAACAUUUGAUAAUGUGGAUAUAAAGAUAGUUGCCAUCUAUAACAAAGACUGUGUGUGUGUGUCUGAUAUGUGCUGCUAUGUAAAAUUGAGAAAAAUGUGUGAAUAUGACUUUAGAUGUGUCACAUGGCUUGUACAGUUAAAAUGUGUGAAUAUGUCUUUAGAUGUGUCACAUGGCUUGUACAGUUAGAUUUGUUAACUUCUUGUGUCAUGCAGAAUAUCAGCCGAUGUCAAGCUUACUAAAUUCAAACUAGUAUUAUGCUUUUGUAUGGCUUGUCAGGUUAGAAAUUGUUUGAAGUUAGGACUGUGUGUUGUGUGUGACAUACCACUUUAGGAAUGUUAGCAAUCUGUUGUGUGUGGCAUACCAUAGUAGGACUUUUGAGCAAUGUGUUGUGCAUGGUUUACUAAGUUAAGCUGUUAGCAGGGUGUCAGUUGUGAAUGUAUAAUUGCUGGAAGUAGAGUAGCUAAUAAAUGUAAUUACUUAGCAAUGUGCCGAUGGUGUUGACAAAUAUUGUACCUCAUUGCAUCCUUUUCGCUCACUGUUGGCCGGGCAUUGUACUAAUUUUUGUCAGCUAGCCGGCCAGGUAUAAUUCCAGUUGUGGUACCUGAUGACAGAUGAUUUGUAAUUGCAGUAGUGGUAUCUGAAGACAGAUGAUUUGUAUGCCAGCUAUGACUUUGUAGGCCAUGAUAAAUUCCAUCACUGAAAAUGAUUUUGCUGCUGCAUUUGUGAUUCAGAAUUGAACACCACACACUAUGGAGGCAAGUUACCAGACCUUGUUAACUGACUAUGACGUCGUCACCAGACUUUGUUAACUGUACAGACUAUGGCGACAAGUCACCAGACUUAACAUGAGUCUUCUUCCUUCACCAUCCUUACAUAAUUGUCCAUAGCUGCCAUAAAAAAUGGGUUAUUGCUAUCAUGCAUCAUCAUGAGAAGAUCUCAAUGGGCCAGUGAUGACCAUUCCAGUAUGACAUUUUAUCUAUGCAGCACCAGUGUCAGCAGGGAGGGCACAAUAUUUGUAGCAGCCUCACUGAGCUCAAGCUUUGUGAGAUUUGCCUCAUUGUACAGCAUUCAUAUGUGUGUGUGUCUCUGUGUGCACAUGGGCGUCUGUGGGUUCACAUGUGUGUCCAUGUCCGUAGUGCCUCAUCUGUCCUCCUCCCCACUGUCCUCCAUAUUUGCAAUCAGGGAGCAGUUUUUGUCAAAUUUGUAGCAAGGUAUUUAUAUCAACAUUUUCAUACUUUUAUCAAGCUUGCACCCCACACUCAUCCUGGCACAUUUCUCAUUUCAUUCUUGCUUGGCACAGCUAUCACAAGGCCAGACCUCUUGUGGCUGUUUGUGUUGGGGCUGGAUACAGUUGCAAGGUAGCAGUUGUACCUCACUACUCUUGUCAUCUAGCAUACUUCUGUCUGCAUACUCUCAUUUAUCCACUUAACUCUCAAUUAUCCAAUAGCCUAGGGGUGGGGAGCUAUUUAGGAGAGUGGGGGCUCUACAUGCUGUGUCAGUUAUCCACGUAGGUAGGAACUGCAUGUUGUAUCUUUCACCCUGACCAGCAAAACAUCUCAGACCACAUGAGCAAAAUAAAACAUCAAAACAAAAAGCAAAAGAAAACCACCUGGCAUCUUCAUAUUUUUCUGUAAGAGGCUGCAAAUUGUUUACUGACCCUACUUGUUUAUAGAUCUUCUGUAGGGUUCAUGUUUCUAAUAAGUUGUAGCUGUCCAUCGAAGCAGUUGGUCUGGUGGCUCAGUGGUUAGCGCCUGUCACCAAUAUAAUGAAGAUUGGAUUUCAGGGUUCAGUUCUUGUCUCAGGCACACUGUUCUUUCUGUGUGUGGCAUGUGCUUAAGACACCAAUUCCUCCUCUCUCCCUCCACCUCACCUCCUGUCCACAUAAGCAUUUACAGCUUGUGAUGGCUGAGCUGGGUAACCAAACAUCAGGGUGAGCAACUCUCCAUGUUUGUAAUUCCUGUUUUGUCCAGCACUUGUGACUAGCUGCAGCCCUUGCGUCUGCCAUUGCCUCACACAGAAGCUAAACCGUCACUUUAAAGUUUCAAUGCUUACCUAGUUAUUAGGAUAAAUGACUAUUGCAUUUUCCUUGUUGGGUGAGUUUGUGAGAUUCCAGUCUACAUUUAGCUUUCCUCAUUAUGCUGAAGUUUUGGGCAGCUUAUAACACCUAUGUACAAUUAACUGGUGUUUGCUGUAUUUUCUCAUUCAUAGGCACAGUUCCUGCUGUAUUUGCUCCGACUUGCUCACAGGUACAACUGGUUUUUUUGCUCUACUUGAGGGUUAGUGCUUGUAACAAUGAGCUCUCACUUGGAAGCACAAGUGAGGCCAGAUUUCUGCUCUGUUUGGGGCUAGUGUUAGGAAAAGUGUGUAGCUCUCUUUCUCUAUAUAUACAUUUAUGUAAAUCAGUCUCUCGGUCGUCCCUUGACCGGCACCUGCCAUUUGGGGGAUGACAUGGAUAGACUAGCAGCAGACAGGGCUCGCCACUCUUGCCUAUUGUGGGCGAUAGCAGGUUCUGUACCGGACGACCAGUCCAGUCAUUGUUGUUCGUAAGUCACUUCUUCCUCUGACCACCCUCCAAGGUGCCUUGAAGGACAGUCUUUGACAGGGUGUCGUGCCAGGUCACAUGGCCAAAGAAGACAAGCUUGUGACAUUUGACUGUUGAAAGUAGAGGUUCCUGGUGUCUAACGAGUGUAGCAAGGUAUGUAAAUAAUGCACACUGUGUUCUGCGAUUGAAUAUGUGUAAGCAUUUUGAGGCUUUGGGAAAAUGAGUAACUGAGUUAUUCUCUCAUUAUUUCUUCACAAUUCUCUGUACUCCUAAUGCAGUGAGUGCAUUGUCCACACCAAAUUGUGCCCAACUGUUUUCGUCCCUUUUACAUCCUCAAAUAAGGCUUUGCUUUGUAUACACCAGUUGUACUUGAGAGUUCAUGCCUGUAUGCAACAGCGGUGUGACUGGUGAUGUCCAUAUAGCAGCAGUUGAGUGUCCUCUGUAUUGUCAUACUGAUAGAAGUUGAUGUCACACCCACUUACAGCAUCUUGACGUUGGUAUUACAUAUCCACAUCCUGGCUGCUGGAGUUUGUCUAUAUCCAUCUGUAGCACCUGUGCUAUUGCAUCACUUUACACAAGAGUUUGUGCAGUCCUGCUGAAAUCUUACUAGAAAUGUAUCCAUCAUAUUGAUCCACUGAUAAGCAGGGAUUGAGGCUUGGUGACUUUCAUUACUCAAGUGUCAAGUCACAAGAAUUUGUACAUGAAUCAACACAAAUUGCUCUGGAGCAUCACAAUAUUUGUAUUGAGGGUGUCAAUAUGUUAUUGGAUGAAAGGAGGAUUAAGAAUAGGGUGCAUGGUGCAUGCACCAGUUUUUUUUUUUUUACUACAAUACAUAUGUAACCUCCUACCUGCUUAUGUCAGGUCCUACUUCAGGGAGUCCCACCUCCUAGAAGCUUUGUUGUAACACCUACAAAGGCUUUGCACUACUAGACUUUAGUCUAUGUAAGCACUACCAUUCAGUUGCAGUCAUUCACACAUCCCUAGACCAGUAGAGUGCUCCAUUCCGGCCUUCAAACCCCAAAUUUUAGAUUUUAUAAGCAGACCAUCCAUUGAUCUCCAUUUCAGUUGUGUCACCCUCAUAGUAUCUAGUGUUGAGUGUCCCUUCGUAGUAUCCAGUGUUGAUCACCUCAUUGGUUGCCUGGUGUUUACACUUCCCUAUUUAUAGUAUCUAGUUCAGUGGAAAUCAGACUGGGAUGGUUGUGCUUUAUUCUGUCAGUAAGUAGUCAGUAUCUAGCCCUGUAAACAGGAUUACAUAAGAAUUACUCCAGAAGUAUGACUAGAGAGAAAACAUACAGGCCAGGCUAGAAACAGGAUCUAAACCCUGAACAUACAAUCCUCAAGGUCUUGGUGACACCUGUUGUGCCUUUGGAGAAUAAAGAGAUAACACUAGAUCCUAUAAACAGAGGUGGUAAUCUCGUUAUUCGAAAGGCAAAACAUGUAGCACAUGUUUACAGGGCUAGAUUGACCUGAUGGAAUAAAAUGCAACAAUCCACCCCAUCCCUAAUUUCCACUGGUGACCGUUACCAUCAACUUUGAUUUGUUUCUUGAUGUUCACAUUUGGUUUCCUAUUCUGCUGCUACUAACUACUGAGUCAACAAUACCUACAAUUCUGUUUAUUGUUGUAAUAUUGUCUUGUAGCGCGCACACACACAUGCUGACGUGCCAAAAUGUAACAUUCCUGGACAUUCUGCACUCCCUUCAUCCAAUGCCUACUUGGGUCCCAGUGUUUUUAUCCUCCACCAAGGCUUGACAUUCCCUGAUGUUCUGUGUUAGACUUGCAGUUAUUGACAUUGCCAUUCUCCAUAUGCAAGUCUCCCAAGCCUGCUGUAGAUCAGUCCUGGCCAUGGCUAAACUGGUUGACCAGAAGUGACUUGGUCGCUUACACCAUUCUAUCUAUAGUGUCCACAAGGAGUGUUUGGCACAAUAAAUGCUUGUCUGGCAUCCUCAGCACACACACAUACCUACAUCCAACCUUUGUACACUAUCUCAUAUCUACAUCACAAGCUUUGUACACCACCACUGUCACCUGUCUUGCUCAUGGUCAGCAGUCUCAGGGGUUGUGGUUGACAUGCUAUAAGUUUCUUUCUCACUACCUUGCAUACUGGUCCUGUGCGGCUGGUGUGCCACCAACAGAAAAUAAAGCCACCAUUGACCUGUCAUCUGUGCGCUUAAAUUAGAGUCAUGACAUAGUGCCCGUGACCCUUGCCAUGUCUGCUGCCACUGACUGUGGCAGUAGAUUACUUCUCAGGUACUGUACUCAAAAACAAAAAAAAAAGGCGGAGGGUGGGCUAUUUAUGGGUUUGUGUUUACUUGUUUCACUCACGGCUACAUGUCCCCAUGUUCUCUGCAGCACUAGCUCUUUGUGCAUGUCUUAUGCUCAUUUUGCAUCAAAUCUCAACCCAAGUCCUUGAUGUGGAAAUAUACAGUGUGGCACAGUCUGCAAUAAACGUUAAUGACAAUAA